AUGAGUAUUACUGAUCUGAUAGCUAACCGUGGUAUCAAUAUAUCAGCAGCUCAUAAUAGGUUGUCGAAGCAUCAAAUAGCUCCUCAUGCUUCCCACUCCUCCACACAAAAGUUAAGAUUCCACAUCGCCAUACGCGUUACCCCUAAGCUCAAGAACCAAGUCGGUGCCUCGUCCAGUUCGCCAAGGAUCAAGUUUGCCGUCUUCUCAAAAGCACUAGCACGACGUUUUGUAGCAAUUCUAUCACAGCCAGCCCGGUCAGCAUACUCACACACGGCAGCCGGAAGUUCCAUAACACCACUUACAUCAGGGCAAGAUCUAUUCCAGCAUGCUUUAGCCGCCGCCCGGGUCUUGGCCCUACCGACGCAUGUUUUAAAGGCGGCAUUGCAUACGUUGAAGCAGUCUGCGCACGAUGUGCCGGUCCCCAAGGCGCCUACGACUAUUCCACCGAGAACGGCUACAAGGGCGAGCGAGAGCUUCAUGCUGAGGAGGGGUGAAAACGACGUUGGGGCAGGGAGUGUUUGGAUGAUAUAG